AUGAAGGCGACUAUCACCGCGCUAGCUUUAUUAGGAUCGACAGCCGCUGAGCGCCUCCUCCUAGCUUCUUAUGGCACCGACUCGACUCUGGGCUCUGUUACAACUCUCGAACUCUAUCCCAGCACUGGUUCUAAAUGCAAUCGCAAGCUCGAGGUUAUUCACAACAGCCAAGAAUGCGGUCCCCUUCCUACUUGGCUAGACACAAGUCUUGGUCAGAAUAAGGUGAUCUGCCUGGACGAAUCGGGCAAUGCCAAUAUCACGACAUUCAAUCUCCAGCCCGAUGGUAGUCUGAAGAAGAUUUCCAGUUCGCCUGCGCUCGGCGGCGCUGUAUCUUCAGCAACUUAUAACAACGGAUCGGCUAUAGCACUCGCUCAUUAUGGACCUCCAGCGAUAAGUUCCUACUCCGUACACGGCAACUCUCAGCUACAGUCCCUCCAAAACAUCACAUUCGCCGACCCAGAAAAGAUCCACCAAGCCGUCCUCGACCCAACAGGGCAGUAUAUGAUCUUCCCCAGUCUGGGCGCCGACCGCGUCCACGUCUACGCCAUCAACCCCACCACCGGCCAACUAGCCCAACGCGAGUCUCUAGUCUCCCCAACCGGCUACGGCCCCCGCCACGCCGCCUUCUGGACCUCCAAAAAAUCAGACUCCACCUUCCUCUUCGUCGUCCACGAAUUGAGCAACAAAAUCAUUAGCUACAAGGCCACCUACCUCGCCAACCACGCCGGCAUCAAGUUCACACCAGUAGACGAAGUAAGCACCUACGGCAAUUACACCCUCCCAAACAAAAAGCUAUCCGCCUCGGAAAUCUCAGUCUCCCCCGACAACGCCUUUGUGCUUGCCGGAAACCGCAACGGCACCAUUUUCACCGUCGACAACCCGGAUCCCAAGAACAGCACCAAAGUACCCAGUGACUCGAUUGUGACGUAUAAGCCGUCAGCGGAUGGCAAGCUGAAGUUUGUCCAGCUGGCCAAAUCUGGGGGUUAUUUCCCGCGCCAUUUUCAACUGAGCAAGGAUGGUUCGAUGAUUGCGGUUGCAAAUCAGCGGAGUAACAAUGUGGCUAUUUAUGCGAGGGAUGUCAAGACGGGAAUUAUCAAGGAUGAUAAGCCUGUAGCGGGAGCUGCGGGUCUUGGACCGGGAGAUCUCAUGUGA